AUGGUGUUCAUUGACCUAGAGAAAGCCUACGAUAAAGUCCCGAGGGAGGUUUUAUGGAGAUGUUUGGAAGUUAGCAGUGUUCCGGUAGCGUGCAUUAGCGCGAUUAAGGACAUGUACGAUGGUUCUAAGACUAGGUUGAGGAUUGCGAGAGGAGACUCGGAUUACUUCCCGGUGGAGAUGGGUUUGCAUCACAGAUCAACCCUUAGCCCUUUUUUGUUUGCCCUGGCGAUGGAUGUGCUAAUACGACACAUACAAAAGGAGGCGCCAUGGUGUAUGUUGUUUGCAGAUGACAUAGUACUGAUUAACAAGACGCGAUGCGGGGUCAAUACUAGGUUGGAGGUUUGGAGACAGACGCUAGAGACUAAAGGUUUCAAGUUGAGUAGGUCGAAAACAAAAUACUUGAAGUGUAAGUGCAGUGAUGGGACACACGAAGCAGAAGUGGAAGUGAAGAUUGAUACACAAGUCAUCCCCAAGAAAGAUAAUUUCAAAUACCUUGGAUUUGUUAUACAAGGCAACAAAGAGAUUAAUGAGGAUGUUACUCACUGGAUGAAAUGGAGGCUUGCAUCCGGGAUUUUGUAUAAUAAAAAUAUGCCACCAAGACUUAAAGGCAAGUUCUACAUAGUGGUGGUUAGGCCGACUAUGUUAUAUGGGGCUGAGUGA